AUGUCCAACACUGAGGUCCUCCCACGCAUGAACACUGCGGACACCAACGUCCUCAUUGUCUGCAUUUGUGCAAUGGUCUUCGUGGUCUUCCUUGCCGGCGUGGUGUACUGCACCUGGAAGCCCAGCCGCAAUGUCACUCCUGAGCCCGCCCCUGUCGAACUCGGCCCUCUCCACGUCCCUGUCAACGUCGGCCACGGCAACGUCGACCGUCCUUUCGAUGGCUCCGCUGGCACCACCCGCGUUACCAUCUACUCCGACGCCCCCCGCCGCAACAGCGGCACUGGCUGUCGUCUUCCCUUCUUCCAGCGACGUCGGGAGACCAGCCUGGAGCGCAACACUGUUCCGCUUCGGUCUGUCCCUGGCACAGAGCACCCUCGUAACAACGCCGACUAG